CGCUACCAUCGUGUACGCAAUGGAUCCUCGCACAUGUGCGCUAGUCAGGGCGACUGCUCGCGUUUUCGUACAUUUGCGUCGUUUCCCCGACAGCGGCCGGCGUCAUUAUGGCAGCAAGGCGAGGCCCCAAUGCGAGACCUUGGGCACGUACCGUGCAUUGCGUCACUUUGACGAAUUCUAUGCGGGUGUGUUUGGGGAUGCGUGGCCCUCAGUGCGCCUGGCGCUGCUGUGCCCCAACAAGCCGUGCGCCCUUCCCAAUACCCUGGCACCCAAUGUCGAGGACGUGGAAAAGCAGUUGCACUCGCUUGGUGCUCUAAGCCUGCGCAACCUGUGUGAACGCCGUGUGGCUGUGGCUGCUUCCACCAGGGAUGAUGACGCUGAACCUGCUACCAGCCUCGAGCUUGCCAUGCCCCACGAACAUGCAGACACCACCAGCGGAGACAAAAGUUUUGACGAGGGCUCCCGCUACAUGCCAGCAAACGAUGCAUCUGCUCCGCUCAUGAGUUUCGUGCCCAGCUCACGGCUCGUCUACCAAGAGGAGCAGAUGAGCGAGGACUCGUAUCACGGCUUCUACAAGCCGGAUGCAGACAUACGCCUGCCCAUCAAACAUUGGCCAGUGGGCAAGGGAACCAUUUUUCCGGGCAAGCUGGAUGUUGCCUUGUUUGCCACGGGUGACAUAUCAACUUUUCCUCGACCCUGCCGCAGUGGCAAGGAGCGGCUUCUUGACUAUUACCUGAUGGAUGGUGCAUCGGUGCUGCCUGUGCUGGCGUUGGAUCUGCAGCAAGGUGACGAGCUGGCUGACCUGUGUGCGGCUCCUGGGGGAAAGUUGCUGGCAGCCAUGUGCACGGGAAUCUUAGGCAGUGCAGUGGCGUGCGAUGCAUCGUCGUCCCGUGUGAAACGUCUGCGCGAAUGUCUCCAGAGCUAUCUGCCAGAAAAGCAGCUGCAGAAGGUCACUGUACUGCAUCGCAACCUGCUUUCACCUGGCUUCAUGGAGCAUCAGUCAUUUGACAAGAUUCUGCUGGACGUUCCCUGCACCAACGACCGUCUGUCGGUGGCCGAGGACGACAACAACUGGUUCAGCCAGAAGCGGCUGCAGGAGCGUCUCAGACUGCCCCAACAGCAGAUGGAUAUGUUGUGCCAGGCACUGACUCUGCUGCGCCCUGGUGGCAGCCUGGUGUACUCCACGUGCUCCCUGUCACCAAUUCAGAAUGAUGGCGUGGUGCACAUGGCACUGCAACAACUUAGGAACGCCAUGGCCCAGUACGUCGUUGUCGACCUGUCCGAUGCAUUUGCCUCGCUACCCUUCCGCUUCUUUGGUGGCUGUCGCUAUGGCCAGCUGGCACUGCCAUACCUUCCCAACAAUGUGGGACCGUUGUACGUGGCCCGCAUUGAGCGUAUAUCCUAACGGACAGUUUGUGAAGAGAUGUUUUGGCCAGACACAGGCCUUUUGAGAACAUGAAGCUGUGAUGACUUGAGAUCGUGCUGUAUGUAGUACUUGGGUUCUUGGUAUAGGUACCAGCUAGUCUACGUCCAUUUUUAUUGUUCAGUGGCACUCUAGCUUUGGGAUGAAUAUGACUCCAUGGUAUGCACGCACAUGUGAAGCUGGCUCUAAAUGCUUGAGCUCUUUAUUUUCAUUUCAAGAAAUGAGAAUGUAAAGAAGUGACAAUAAACCAGCAGCGA